UCGGGGCAUGUCAAAGCUAGUUUCCAUAUAGGGACACUGACCUACGCAAAUUAAUAUCUAGUAUCUAUUUCUGAAAAAGCCAGCAACCUAUUUGGAGUUAUCUUUGGUUGUGGUAAUGUAGAUAGCGACGUAUUGUUCAACGUUAACUUAUUAGAGUGAGUGAUGAUCAAACGCAAGACGGACUGCACUAAUUUACGUUGUGUUGUUGACCUGACAUUGGGAUAUUUCACAUAAGACAAAAGGUUCACGACCGCCAUAAAAGCGUUUGCUGAAAUAAUUAUGGCGCACAGAAUUUUGGAUCUAUUUAAUGUCACAAGAACAUCAUUUAUGCAAGUGUGCGAAGAAAUUUUAGAUUUCCUUAGGCAAUCUGAAACCAUCACUAAAGGUGUUGACGAUAUAUUUCGUUACGCUGCUGGAAAAAUCGAAGUUCCAGAAAUACCAGUGUGUCAUGUUGAACUUUCGCAGAUAAAACUUGACGCGGUUAUGACAAUGUUAAAGAGAAGCCAUGUAAAGAUUACAGUUUUAGGAAGGAAUUCUUGUGGAAAAAGCACAGUGAUUAAUGCGCUUCUGGGAAGUGACGUGCUGCCAAUGGGAAUGGGUCAUGUGACUAACUGGUUUGUGCAUAUGCAGGGAACAGAUCUACUAGAAGGAUUUGUAGAGACUGAAAAUGAGCCCGGCGUUCAGAAACCCAUUAAUUCUCUACAGGAGCUUGCCAGCGCUCUUCAAGACGAACAUGUUGCUACAAAUUCUACGGUUAAAGUUUCCUGGCCAAAGGAGAUGUGUCCUUUAUUAAGUCACGAUCUUGUGAUCAUAGACAGGUUUGUAGGUUUGUACGAAAUUCCUUAUGUGCAAGAGAUAUACACUUGGAGACUUUUCUAA